UAGAUUUUGAGAUUAUUAUAAUAUAAGAUUUUUGAAACUAUAUUUUAUAAUAAUAUUAUAAUGGGAAGAGGUAAGGUAGAAUUGAAGAGAAUAGAAAAUAAGAUAAACAGGCAAGUUACUUUUGCUAAGAGAAGAAAUGGAUUACUCAAAAAAGCUUAUGAGCUUUCUAUUUUGUGUGAAGCUGAAGUUGCUCUUAUCAUUUUCUCUAAUAGAGGCAAACUAUAUGAAUUUUGCAGUACCUCUAGUAUGUCUGAUACACUGGAGAGAUACCAUAGAUGCAACUAUGGUGACCUUGAAACUGGCCAGUCUUCAAAGGAUUCACAGAAUAACUACCAAGAGUAUAUGAAGCUGAAAGCAAGAGUUGAAGUGCUACAACAGUCACAAAGGCAUAUACUUGGAGAGGACUUAGGACAAUUAAACACAAAAGAUUUGGAACAGCUUGAGCGUCAACUGGAUUCAUCUUUGAGGCUAAUAAGAUCAAGAAGGACACAAAACAUGCUUGAUCAACUUUCUGAUCUUCAACAAAAGGAACAAUCUCUUCUUGAAAUCAACAGAUCCUUGAAAACAAAGUUGGAAGAAAACUCUGUAGCACAUUGGCAUAUCACUGGAGAGCAAAAUAUACAAUUCAGACAACAACCUGCUCAGUCAGAGGGGUUCUUUCAGCCUUUACAAUGCAAUACUAAUAUAGUGCCAAACAGGUACAAUCUUGCUCCAUUGGAUAGUAUAGAACCAUCAACACAGAAUGCUACUGGAAUUUUACCAGGAUGGAUGCUUUGAAUGGGAAACAAGCAAUUAAGUGGUUGAAAGUUUGAGAUUGGAAAUUAAGAACCAAUAAAUGUAAUUUCUUGUAUACAUACAAGUUGAGUUUUUUGUGUUUCAAAGACUAAUUAGCUUGCAUGUUUAGUAAACUAUAAUGAUAUAUAUAUAAAUAUGUCAUGUAAUAAGUCAAACAUACAUUUUCUAUUUUGGACCAUUUCUCGA